CAUUUUGCUCUCCAUCUUCGACGUGGCGCAUGCGCUUCAGUAAAGCCGAAACAACCUUACAUACCGGAGCCAUCUCAUCCUUGCUUAGAAGCUCCAGCGAUGGAUUCACGUCGAUCUCACUCAGGGAUGUUUUCAGCAUGACGGAGAAACUUGACACUGGUUCAAAUGGCCACCUGUGCACCAGCAUCAAAAUGAUAACACGUCAGUUGAGUAAAUCCGAUCAGCAAUGGGUCCUUUGAGUGUAUAAUGAGAUUAAGAUAGUGCAUGUUCAGGCACUUUGGCCUCAUCAAUGGACUCAGCAAGCAAAUGAAUGCAAACAGUAGCAGCUAACCGAUAAGAGAAGUGAAAACUAGACAUGAAGCAGAAACCAGGCAGCAGACGGAACUAAGAGCACAUAGCAUAGGGUUAUUAGUACAGAAAUGCAGGGUGGGGAUUCAUUGUACAUCUACUGAAAUGCAGCACCGAGGUGAUAGAACAUAAGAAGAACAUUGUGCCAGACUACCAGGUAAGAUUGGCAGAGAUUUGGGGUAGGAAGCUAAAUAUUUCAGGAGUAAGUUCCUUCUAACAGAAUUCUGAUAGGGAUACAGCAGUAACAUCAGUACAAGCUAGUGUCAUGAAGCCACUGACCAGUACAAUCACAAUUCCAGUUAUCUGAUCCAAUGUCGCUUGAACCCCACCGUAUGAUUUAAUGCAACUAACCAAACCAGCAAUUGGCAUGGGAAAAUCUGUCAUGCACUUCAUAUAUAAGAAAAAGGAGGGUUAGCGGUAAAGUGACAUAGGUUUAGGGGAACUGCAAUUAGCGUCUAUUAGAGGAUUAUUAUAGGGUAAGGUAAUGUAUUCUUAGGUGUGGCAAACCAACCUUAAGAACAGGGGACAUCUCAUCUUUGCUUAGAAGCUUCAGCGUGGACGGAGAUUGAUAUCGCACAUAAGUUUUGCUCUCCAAAUAACCAGAUUGCAGAGAUCAAUCUCGACCUUUUAAGGGACGGUCUCCGGAGGGCAGAGAAACUUGAGAGUGGUUCAACCUGCCACCAGCAUCAAAAUGAUAGCACAUCGAUUAGGUAUAUUUGUAUGAACAAAGCAUUCAUUUGAGUACAUACUGAGAUAUCAAUUGCUUAAAAGCAUCACAUUUCAUGCAUUUUGAGGUCGUAAUGGUUAAAUCAAGUAGCCUCAUCAAGCGAAACAAGUUCUACGGCCAAUGAACGCAGACAGUGGCGCGGGUGACCAAUAUGAGAAAACCGAAAUGUAGACAUUAGCCAGGAAGCAGGCGGCAGACAGAACUAAGAGCAUAUAUCAUGAUUAUUAGUACAAAGAUGCAGAUACGUUUGACGAUCAAAUUUGCCACUACUUUUGCAAGAUUGCAGAAUUGAGAAGAUAGAACAUAAGGAGUUCCUCCGUGUAGCAAACUACGACGACGGAUUCGGGUAAACGAAUUUAAAAUUUCGAGAGUAACUCCCAGUUGAAUAGAAUCAUAUAACAGGCUAAAGCAAUAACUAGCAGGACUGCAACUAACUAGUAGACACUGCUAACCAUUCUAGACGCACAAACACGAUGAUGUGAUCAAACUACUGAAACGGCAGCUAACGCCACAAGUCCACAACCGCUGGCUGGGGAAACAUUUCCACAAUGGCAUGUCAACUACCAAACAAUUCAGUCCCCUCGUCUCUAUGUAUCUACACACAGCACAGCAGCAUCCACGAUUUAUGAGACCCAACAUCAACCUUCCACGAGGCUAUUGAAAAUCAGUGACAGGAAGGUAAGAGGGGGAGAAGGAUGUUUGCCUUACCGGGAAAGAAAGAUGGUUUGAAUUCGCAACUUAUCCAUCGCCGACAGAAAGGGUUAGAGGAUCUGGAGAAGGGACGGAAGGAAGCUAAAUUGGGCCGUUUUAACACCAGCGGUCUUAACCCAAAUGUGACCCUUGUCACUCAUUGCGCGCCACAGUCUCCAGCUCUUUGAAAUAGAUUCCAUCGGAGCAUAAAUUGCUCUGCUCUACCUCCCUCCACAAUUUACUGUAGAAUAGAUAGAGAAACAUGGAGCCUCCAUAGCCAUCUUCUUUAGCCUAUCUCUCCACAAACUCCACCGUUACUUCAGUAAUCAAGAAUACGAUUCAGUCGCUCUUUCCUUCGUUUAGCUUUCUGGGAUUUCGUUUCCUCCGUCUCACUCUGUGAAUUUCCGACUCAAGAAUUCACAGUGCCUUUCUCGGUGAUUCUCCAUUACCAUCUCUUGGUUGCAGUUUUCUGUUGCUAAUUCGAUUUGCGAUUAUGGGUCUCUUUCUUUCUUCUCCCUCUGAUUUCUUUCCUGAUUCCAUUUUUAUUUUUAUUUUGCGAUUGCGAUUCUGGGUUUUCUUUCUUCUCGCUCUGAUUCCUAAACCUCUCUUCGGCAUUACUUUCUCGAUUCCUAUCAGUCUGCGAGAAGAACGGGAGCAAGCAACCAUCUUGAUUAGUUCCUUCUGCUUCUGCACAUUCGAUCGAUCGGCUCAACAUUCAUUCCACAAACAAGCAAUGCGGUUCUUGGUUCGUACUCUGUCUUCUUUAAUCCACUCUUUCUUUUCGCUUCUGAACUUGUUUCCUGGUGAGCGUUUCUUACUUGCAGUUUUCGUUUCCUCGAUUUGACAGAUACUGUUCUUGUUUCUCCUGCCGAGGCUGAUUUCAACGCGAUUCACCCCUGUCCGAAAUUUCUGGUUUUCCAUUCUGGUCCUUAAGGCCAUGUUUCACGCUCACCCACCGCCGGAACAUCUAGCUGACGUUGUGGAACACUUGCUUGAGGAAGCAGUGCUCCCACCAGAGACAUCCCCGCCGGCGUCGGAAGAUCAAGCUGCUGCGGCGGAAGACUUGAUUGUGGAGGCAGUCCAAGAUGUGCCGCCGUCGCCACCAGCAGAGCAGCCAGCCCCCAGUUCUUCUGCCCAAGCGAUUACUAGACGGCUUCCUCCGGCGAUUUCUAAGAUUUGUCGAGAAAUUACUGAGAUUUUCCGCUUUCUCAUUGAAGAGUCUCCUCUCAUCAAACAAGAGCUGACCCAGCUUUUCAGACAAGUUCUCGCCGAUGAAAUUCCAUUAACUGCGUCGGCGGCGGCGCCAGAUAGAAGAGGGGUUCAGCAAGAAACGGCGCUUCCUCAAAGCAGUGGUAAUGAUCAAGAAACGCAAGAAACGGCGUCACCGGACCAUGUUAUCAGUGACAUCACCGAUCCCGCAGCACAAACAGAGCCACCGUCGUCAGACAUCGCCGAAUCGGGAACAGAGCAACUUCAUCAGAACGAGCGAGCUGAGCAAGUUGAUAAUCGUCUUUCUCGAGGGACCCAGAUGACCACCGGGCCUUUCAACCCGCUGGCCAAUUUGCGUGCUGUACCUCCGCCGUCCAACUUCACCGGUGAAAGCAGUGCCGCCGCCGGGAACAGAGGAACAAUGAAGGAAACGGACGAGGACGAGGACGACGGGGAGCGGAAGCAGAAUAAACCGUGAAGCCCAUGGCGGCGCAACUGAAAGCAGACGAACAGAUUUAUGCAGAGGCUUGGUUUUCAUCACUUGUUGGAUUCUCUACUUUCACUUUCAGUUCAUCGCUACUAUUCAGAUUACUUCACAUGGCGGCCGUAGAAGAAGAACUGACUAGUAUACUACACAUUUUUCUUAGCAUCAUGAUUUUGAGCUCCAUCCCCGUAACUUUGGGUGAUUGAAUUCCAAAGAAUGCUUACUACUUUUGCCUUUCGGUUUCCACAUCCUGAUCCCAUUCGGAUUACAUUGUAUCAAACUAAUCUUCAAUGCAAAUCUCUAGUGAUCAACUCUCAGUCUCCAUUUAUCUCGAUUAGUAUAGGGACUCUUCUGUUACAAUUCAACUCCAUUUCAAGGAUAUACACUGCUGGGAUUGUUCAUCAAACUGAAGUUGAAAUUUGGGUAUUGUGAAGUCAAAUUAGAGGCAACCAUUAGAGUAGUUGCCAUUGCCGCCAAAAACCAUGUCUAAGGUUCCGGUGGUGGUGGAGCUCUGGCCGUUCACUAGAUAUGGCCGAAAAACCCUAGAAGUUUCUUCGUCAUAGAUAACAAACCUAGAAGUUCAUC